ACUGCCUGGCCGCUAACUGUUUCGCUGCAUCGGGAUCAGAGAGGACGCAAAUCAAGUGAAACAAAUCUCCUGACAGGAGAAAAGUUCAUGCUGGAGUUUUCAAAGACCUCAGAGGGCCUUAUGAAGUCCAAGCUGAAUAUGGAGAAUUUGACCAAGCCAGAGUUGCUGAUGCUUUUCAGUAUUCUGGAAGGAGAGCUGGAGGCCCGGGACCUGGUCAUUGAUACCCUAAAGGCCCAGCGUAAAGAGCUGUUUAUCCAGGAGCGCUAUGGCAGGUACAACCUCAGCGACCCCUUCCUGGCCUUGCAGAGGGACAGUGAGGUUGUCGGGGACCAGAACAAGGACCCGGGCUGUUCCUCCCCCACCUCCAACCCUCUGGUGGUUCUCAAACUGGUGGUGAGCCACUGCAGAAGGAUGCAGGAGAAGAUGUUGGCCCAGCUGGCUGCAGCGGAAAGCAGGCACAGAAGGGUCAUUGCAGAUCUGGAGGAGGAACAGAGGAGGCACGCUGAGGACACCGCCGAGGGAGAUGAUGUCACUUACAUCCUGGAGAAAGAGAGGGAGCGCUUACAACAACAGCUGGAGUUUGAGCGGAGCCAGGUCCGGCGGUUGGAAAAAGAACAGCGUCUGAUUACUCACCAGCUAGAAGAAGAACGGGCUCAGCACAAACAGCUCUCCUGCGCUUUGGCCAAAGAGUGCAAGUGGGCAAGUGCCAGGGCUCUAGAGGAGGGUCACCGGCUGACGGAGCUGAGCCGUAAACUUGACAAGGAGAAGGAGGCUUGUCAGGCACUGAGAAACGAGCUGGAGGAUGAGAGGAGGCGAGCUCUGAGAAUGGAGGCCAGGGUGGAGGAGCAGCUGGCCGAGUUUGACACGGAGCGAGAGCAGCUCCGCUCACGUCUGAAGAAGGAGGAAGCUCACUGCUAUCAGCUACAACAACAGGUAGAGGAGCUGAAGAGGACGCUGGUAGAGGUGAAUAUGAUGAGAGAUGUUAGGGAGGCAGUUACAGCUCCUGUUGAGGCAGUAGGAAAGGAGUGGGCCACGGAAGUUCCUCCAGCAAAGACAGCAGUAGACACUAUUACGGCGGAGGAUGUUGAGGAAGACCUAAACCCGCAACCUGUGCAGUCAAAAGUCAACGGUCACCACUGUCCUAUGGAGACCAAUGAGCACCACGGCCCAAACAACGCCCUCCCAGAUAACAUCAUUGUACAGAAUGGGAAUGAGAAUUCUCCAAUUCAUCAGAGCCAGACAUCAUUCUCCCCCUGCAGUGCCACCCCCUCCACUCUUCCUCCUUCCUCCCCAUGCGCUUCGCCUGUCCUUGCCAAACGCCCACCAGGCAGCCCGAGCCCUGGUAGCUACCAUUCUCCCUACCAGGCCGGGAUCAACCAGCGCUUCCACGCUGCUCGUCACCGGUUCCAGGGUACCAUUGACCCAGAGCCUCCUUCCCAGGCCACACAGCCUGCUCUCCCCCUCUCACCAAAGGAUGUCUCCCCUGUGACCAGCAGCUCGUCCCUAGAAGCCAGCCCAGUCAAGCAGAUGGCCCGCAGCACAGUCACUCAAGUCCUGUCUCGCUUCACCACCGUACAGCAGAGCGCCACACCGAACAAUUCACCCUUCGGUACAGACUACCGCAGCCUGGCAGCGCCUUUGUCUCCGGUCAUCGGGAGGGCCGCAGGAGCACUUCUGCAGGGGAUCCGAUCACCCACUAUCCCCAGGGCAGACAGGGGUAACCCUCCACCCAUCCCCCCUAAGAAGCCCGGUCUGGCCCAGGCCCCUCCCUCCCCGGCAGCAGUGCCCAGGUCUGCCAGUCACUUCUCUGACAGCCCCCUCUCAGCCAGCUGUGGCCUCACCUCCAGCCAGGAGGGAGUCAAAGAACUGGACAUGGUGGUUUCUUCGAAUUAACGGAUCAUUUGAUUGGUCAAUGAAUGAGUUAGCUGCUGCUCUGCUUGUGACACGAUGGUUGAAUCCACAUCUCAUAAUCAUGAUUGUUGAGAUAUUGUUUUGUACACGACAGGAUUUAUAUUAUGUGCUUAUUUGAACAGAGGUCCCUUCAAACACUGUUAUAAUUGUAUUUAUUAAAUUUGUUUUGGUAUGCGCUGAGGCACUAUUUUAGAUAGUGGUUAAAGAGCUGGUACUAGUGAAGAGUUACAACUGAUAGUUUGAGUUUCAAAUUAGGAUUUGUGCGAUAUUGAAAUCCCCCCUAUUGACGAUAUAACUUUAACAACGAUAUAAGAAAUUAUUGUCCCAAAAACAGUAUAAAUAUCUAUUGACUGGAGACGCAUACAGUACAGUAUGUUGCAAUACCCGUAAGUGGACAAUGUAUAGGCAGUAAGCGCUAUUUUACAAAAGGGCAUGCAGAGAUCAAUAAAUCAAAUCAAUCAACCGGUUAUUUUAUUCAGUGACGCAUUUAUCAACAUUGAUAUUUGGAAUGAGGAUAACAGAUAUAGUUAUUGCGGCCAACCAAUAUGCGUUAAAAGAUAAUCUCAUCAUAUCGCCCAGCCUAUUUCAAAUGUGCCGAUACUGUAUGUUGGGCACACCCUACUGUUAUGGUAUAUUUAGUCUUUUUUUAUGAUAUCAUAUUUCCAAAGAAUACAAAUCAGUUUAUCACCUGAAGAGGUAUUAUGUUUCCCUAGUAUGUUGCUCGUUAUUACAACAAAUACUGUAAUCUUCAGACCAAAUGUAACAAGUUGUCCUUGGACCAAUGUUUGUCUCAUUUCAUGUCUUGUGUGUAUGUACGUAGCGGUCGUUUUUAUAAAAAUGUAUAGUUCAUUUUAUAAAUGUUCCUUAGUUAUUAAUGUACAAUAGUUUUACACAACAGGUAAUCUAAUCAGUGUUGUACUGAGCUUUGUUCAUGUAUUACUUUAAUGUUGCAUUGUUAUGAUAAUCUUAAGGCUCAGAAUGUAUGCAGGUGCCAUUGUACUCUUCUAAGGAUUAGUGAUUCUGAUGAAUGUCAUGUCUUUGUCAUUUAUAAGAAAUAAUUAUAAAACACUCAAGUAUUUUUUAGUCAACCAUGGCUUUGAUUAAUUUCAUAACAACUGUUGUGUUGGUUAUCCCUACUUUUUAAUCAGAUCCUUUACAGUACUUUAAAUGCUGGGAAGUGACGGAUAAAAUAAAUUAAUCCCAAAGAUU